AUGUGGGUGCAGAUUGCUGCGUUCUGCUGCGACGCCCUGAAGACGGCCGCUGACCGCAACUCCAUGUACCUGCAGAGUGACAUCCAGCUCAACCUCUGCCUCGCUCUGUUUGAGCUGGGCUUUGCAGUGUGCCUCGUCCACGGUAUCGCUGGCGGCCUGGUGCAGCCUGAGAGGGGCUUGACCAGGGUGGCGUCGUCAGUGGUGUGCGCCGUCUUCUUCGCGGUGCAGUGCAGCAACGCCAGGCGGCAGGCUGAGGAGUUUGGCCACCCUCAGCAGCCGGCAGUCGCGACGGUGGACUACCAGGAGGCCCAGGAGGAGGCCAUGUCAUCCAACCUGCUGGCGUCGGCGGCGGCGUCGGCGCUUGCGGCCAUCACGAUCAUGGCCUGA